AUGAAGGCAGUCUGGGAGCUUGAUCCUGAAAGCUCGCUUGGCCCAGACGGCUUCUCUGGAAAAAUUUUCAGGAAGUGUUGGAGCACUGUGGAAAGUGAUGUUUGUAACACCGUGAAAGCAUUCUUCAGGACUAGUCCUAUGCCUAAAGGCAUUAACAACAAUUUCCUGAUCCUGAUUCCUAAAGUGGACGGAGCCGAAACCCUGGACAAGUAUGUCUACUUUUUCUGCAAAAUAUUUUCUAAGGUGUUGGCUAUGCGCUUAGAGAGAUUUCUCCCCAUACUCAUUUCGGAAGAACAGGAAGCUUUUCAAAAAGGGAAGCUGAUCCAUGAUAACAUUAGUGUGGCAUCCGAGUUGGCGAACUUGAUGUACUCUGCCACAAAAGGGGUGGCCUUGGUCUAA